AUGGCCCCCAUCGGCGUAGAACACGUCCUGUCGCCCGGGCGGCUGGUGAUCACGGUGUCCGGCAUCGACAGUGCCCGAUGCUUGGAGGACUUGGACGUCAAAGAAGAUUGUGUCACGUUUUUGGCCAAUGGAGAAAGGGUCCAUUUGCCAUUGGCACCGGACACGAUCAACGUCAACGAUUGCUCAGCACGCUUCAGGAAAACCGAUUUGAUCCUCUCCUGGUCGCCAAAGUCGUCGAAGGAGCCACAGGUAGCGAGCUCUCCAGCAGAAUGCACCGUGGAUGACAUGGGCUAUGCAGCGAGCGGCAAAGCUCAGGGCUUGCUGAACAGACCUCAGGGGACACACUUUCGCUUGGCUGCGGCGGUGAAAUGGGCCACGCGCAAGCUGGAGAUGUUGCAGAUUCCAGAAUGCACAGGUUUCCAGCGUUUCAAGGCGGAAGUUGGCCUAGCUGAGUUGGCACUGUAUGCGCUGCGCAGCUGUCGCCUGGGAACAGCUUCGGCACUCUGGCGCCAGCUGCUGGAAGCAGAACAGCGCUUGAUGGAAGCCUUGCAGCAACGAGCAGCUGGUGAUGAACCACCGGAGGCAUUGACUUCCGUCCGCCAAGUGCUUCGCCGUGUUGAAGGCGCUGUGAGCGAUCGCUGCUUGCACGUGGAGGAUCCGCCAGUGCUUGGAAUUCAGCCCAGAAAGGUGGGUCACGAUGCCAGCCCCACAUUGCUGGCACAUCGAUGGGCCUUGCGCGAUGGGCGAUUCUUGGGACCUGGCAUAGGAACCUGGAAGUUGUCGCAGGAAGAAGCCGAAACGUCGGUGGCUGCAGCCCUCAAAGAAGGGGUCCGCCAUGUCGACACGGCGGCGGAGUAUGGCACUGAAGAAGCGGUGGCGAGAGGCAUCCGAGCUGCUGCUGUAACGCGAGACGAUGUGUUCGUCAACCUGAAGGUGGCGGCCGAAGACCCAGAGGACUUGCGACGGGUCAUCGAUGCCUCGUUGAAGAAAUGGGGCCAGGGAGCUGUGGAUUGUUUGAUGCUCCACCGGGCGCCGGAGAAGGAGAAGAACUUGGAGGAGUUGUGGGCCGUCCUGGAGGAAGAGGUGCAGACGGGGCGCGCCAAGAUGCUGGGAGCUUCCAACAUCACCGCAGCGCAGCUCGAGGUGCUUACGAGUCGCCAGCGACCAGAAUCCCUUUGGCCCGCGGUGGUGCAAUUGAAAUGCUCCAUCUUCCAUCAAGGUGGAUAUUUCAUCGAGAAUCCUUCCGCACUGUGGAGGAUCUUACAAACCAAACGAAUUGUGCCCGUUGGCAUUUCCCUCUUCAAUCCCUUGCACUCGUGUAUCAGCCCGUUAGAAGAACCUCUGUGCCGUGCUUGGGCGCAAGAUCUAUGUUGUUCACCGGCAGAGCUGCUUGCCCAUUGGGCCUGUGCCAUGGGUGUUUGCCCAAUGCUUCGCUGCGCGCCGCACCAUGUCUCGUGCUUCUCCAGCAACCUGAAUGUGCCACCAGCAGUGGUUGGAGCAAUGACGAGUCUCUCCAAUUUGACCGAGACGUCCUUCUGCCCAUCGCUGCGCCCCAUGCUGAACCUUCAAGCCUGCGCCCAUCGAAGAAGCAUCCGCAAGGGGGACCACCUAACAGGGCAGCAGGUGGAGGUGCACAGCUUGAAAUCCGCUGAAGGGCAGAAACUCAAUGGGCAGAUUGGAAUCUUGAUGGACUUUGAAGAGGAGACAAGUCGAUGGCAAGUGGCCACGCCUGGUGGGGUCCGCAAGAUACGCUGCGAACAUCUCUCCACGGUCCCGACGCCGCUCCACGAAGACCUGGACCCGGCGGAGCGCUCGGGGCAGUUUCUCAAGGAGCUCCUGGCCGCCGGCAACGCGGAGGCCAUGAUGUCGCUGUUGCGCCAACGAAGGGACGAAGCAGAUUGGGCCUUGCUGGAGACAGUGUCCGCCAACCUGUCCUUCGCAGAAUCCAAGGGCUACCAAGUGAAGCAGCAGGUCUUGGGUCGGCUUCUCACAGAAGUCAAGCAGGUGUUGGCCAGUCGGGAGCCGCUGCCGCGCACCCUGCUGCUUCCUCCGCCAGCACUGGAUGCGACAGCGUCAUGGAACGGCACCACAGAGGAAGCACAUAAACUGCUGACUUCGGUGUCCGCAGUGCUGGAUGCGCAAGGCUUCGCCAUUUGCGAUCAUUUCGUAUCUGCUGAUGCGGUGCAGCGCUUGGCGGAUGAGUUGCAGAAGUACGACACGGACUUCGAGACAGCGAAGAUCUGGGUGGGCAAACAGGCCUCUGGUGCUCAGCUUUCAGUUCCGACGGUUCGUUCGGAUCGCAUCUUGUGGGUCUGCGGCGAACACCGCACGCCCGCACGCGAGAUGCUCUGGGAUUCUGCAGGCGACCAGCCCUCGGAGGGCCUGGCACCGUGCCGCCCGGAGGUGGUCAUGGAGAAGUCAACUGCUGGAUUUCCAGAGCUCCGAAAGAUCAUGAACCGUGUGGAUGACUUCAUCCUGCUGGGCCUUUCGAAGCGCGUGCCGCGCCUGGCGAAUUUGGUGGAGCGCUCGGACGCGAUGAUCAGCAUCUAUGACAACGGUGCGCGCUUCCAAAAGCACGUGGACAACCCCAACCGUGACGGGCGAGUGUUAACAUCCAUUGUCUAUUUGAACUACGGCGAGGCCUGGGGUGAAGACGAUGGCGGACAACUCAGGAUGUUUCUGGAAGGUGAAGCUCCUAUAGAUUUGGCGCCCGACACGGGGCGUUUGGUGCUCUUUUGGGCCAAUGAAAUUCCGCACGAGGUCUUGCCAUCUAAGAGGCGGCGCAUGGCGCUGACCUACUGGUGGUUUGAUCGUUCGGAGCGCGAAGCGAAAGUUCGCGAGUUGGCUAAAGAGAUGGGGGACACGCAGCUGAAGACCAAGGAGGAGAGAUUGGCGCAGGAGUUUAUUGCUUACAUGCUGAGUGAAGGGUCCCAGCCCGAAGACAUCGUGAAACGCGCGAAGAAGCUGCCGCAGAAGAGCUUAACCACGGUAGCUGCAGUGGUGGGAGCGAGCAACAAUGCAGAAGCCCUGGAGGGCAUAGAACGCUUAUCGCCCAGUGUGGAGGACCUGUUUCUCCUUUUGCAGCAGGUUCUCCAGGCCUUUCCGGUGGAUGCCGUGAGUUGCGGAGCGAUUCUCAGCGACUACCAGCGUUGCCGUGUGGAGAACGUGUGCAGUCGCCUGGGUCUGAAGGUCUUCGCCUUCCUAUGGCGCCAGGAGCAGCCCUUGCUUCUGAAUCAGAUGAUUGCAGGGGGGUUGGAUGCGCGAAUUGUGAAGGUCGCUUGCAUGGGCUUGGACCAGCGUCACAUUGGAAAGUCGAUCCUGGACAACAGCUUCGCAGCUCAUGUGAUGCAGCUGGGCAAGAAGUGGGGCGUCCACGUUUGUGGGGAGGGAGGAGAGUAUGAAAGCGCAGUCUUUGAUGCUCCUCUUUUCAAUCAACGUCUGGCUCUGCCCGAAGGUUCCAUGGAGGCAUGCGCCCAUCCUUCGGGUGAAGCAGAUGGUGUUGCCUUGAUGUCUGUGAGGGAAGCACCAUUGCUUGAAGCCAAGGAGAAGGAACCGUCACGGCUGGACGUUUUGGAGGAGUAUAGCUCUUUGCGCUAUUACCACGAGACAUUCCCGCCCAUGUCAGAGGAUCGCCUGGCUGAUUUGGUCACAGACGAGGAUUCAUCUUGUUGGUGUAGACCAUUGACAAAUGCAAACAGCACAGCUGCAGGUGAUUCCCUGAGCAGCAUGGCCCUGCCUCCUGCGCUGCAGCGCAUUAGCAGUUUGGACCUCUUUGCCACUUCCAGCUUAGAUGUGCUCUCCAUGGAGCUGUCUGGACCCUGGGACUCUGCUGCUGCACAGUGUGAUGCCCUGCUGCACAGCGUUUCAACCUGGCUGGCCGAGCGUUUCGAUCGUUGCAUGCAAGAUGUUGCGUUCGCAGAGGUUCAGGUGUCUGACCUGAGUUGUUUUGAAGCGGUCAAUACGGUCUAUGCCAGGCAUUUCAGCGAGAAUCCACCUGCCCGGGUGUGCAUCGAAACGCCUCUACCAGCAGGUGUUGAUGUGAGACUGCGCUUGCUCUUAAGACCUCAUGAAGGUGCCUCGGGGCGAGACGCACUUCGGGUCCAAUCCAUCUCCACCUGGGCGAUGGCGUGCAUCGGGCCCUACUCACAGGCACAGCGAUGUGCGGAUGUGCUCUGCUCCUCUGGCGUCCUUGGCUUGGUGCCGCACUCCAUGGCUCUGCCAGAUGCAAAGCUGCUGGAGGGCCUUGCUCAGCCAGAGGCAGAACUAUGGAUGCUUAUGCGAUCUUUGCACAAUGUUUUGCAGGUGAUGGGCAGCGGUUUCCAAGAGAUUUUGAUGGCGCAGGUCUACACUACUGCUGGAGUGGAUGGAACCAAGAUUUGUCGCCAAGUCCUCGCUUACUUCCGGGAGCUCUCGGGCACUGCCGUCAAGCCGUUAAUCGCCUUCGCAGAAGUUCCCAAGCUUCCUAAAGGAGCUUGCGUGGAGAUGACAGUCCUCUGCAGUCCCACAGCAAGUCUGGGGGACUCCCACAUCAAGAUCGUGGAGGCCGCCUCCGUCAGCAACACAACAGACCUCGCGGCCGUGGUGAGAAGCUGCGUCGAAGCAAUGGCGACUGAAGGAGCACUUGAUGCUUUGCAAGUCCAGUUUUCUCCCAGCACCUUCUUUGGGGAGCCGGAGCUUCACAAUGCGCUGCAGGCAUCCCUGUCGACCGCGGAUGCUGCAAGUUGUGCAGUGUCCUUAAUGCCUGUGGUCUCCUCGCAGCCGGGUCCUUCAGUGAGCUCCAUGCGCUUAACUGGUUUCGUGUCUGCGUCGGCGGCCAAAAAGAUAUGCCUGCGCUGCGUGCUACGGGCAGACAUGAGAAGAGUUCAUGAGCCUGGUGCCACCGACGUUGAUCUGCCACUAGGGGUGCUUCUCGGCUCCUGCUUCUUGGUGUCUCUGACGGCCUUCCGUGUGGCCGCUCGGCGGGACGAAAUGGCGAAACGACAAACCAACGGAGGAAAGUCUAAGGAGUCUUUAAGAAAAUGCAUGAAGGAAGACACAAACUCCAAAGAUGGUUGUCCUUUGGGCUACCAUUCGGAAGCCUGCGAUUGUUAUUGGCGUCGCGGGACCCCAGCUCGCUGGCGCUGCGGAAAGGGCAACAACAAGGGCCUUGAUGCCUGCUGCUGCUCAAACAUUGCCGAAGCCGCAGUGACCAAGAUGGACAAGUAUGCGGACGACAUUUGCCCACAACCAUCCAAGUGGUACCACUUCACCAAGCGAUCGAUUGAUAAGUUUACUGGUUUUGGCGCGAAGUAUGCCCGCACCAAAGAGUGUAAACUUGGCCCAGACACUCGGGGGUUGUUCGGUGAAAAGAAGAAGACGCUCGGGGACCGCAUCUCGGAUGUUGGAUCAGCUGUGAGCAACGUCAUUGACGAUUACCGUCCUCGUAUUGGCAGUUACGAUGCCCUGGUGAAGAAUACAGGAACUGGGGAAGUGGGGGUCCAGCAGCGAGGCUUUGUCUACAACAGGGCCGGAGUGCGGUCGUGGGCCAAAAAACAAGAACGGCGCGAGGAGGCACGAAGGAACAACAAGCGCCGCGCCUACUGA